AUGGGUUCCGAUUGUGGCGUUUGGCUGGCCAAAUACCUGCUAUGCUUAUUCAACUUCCUCUUUUUUGUCGUUGGCACAAUCGUGCUGGGCACUGGCAUCUGGCUGGCGGUCGACAAAGCCUCACUGAUUGCAUUGCUUAAGAUGGUGGAUAGCGAACACAUAAACCAAUUUACACAGCCGCGUGUCAUUGAGCAGAUGGCGUACGUUUUGAUUGUUAUCGGCGCUGUGAUGUUCUUCAUGAGCUUCAUGGGAUAUUGUGGCGCGAUACGUGAGUCGCGUUGCCUACUGACAACGUAUGGCGUCUUUAUGAUUAUGCUGCUAAUUGCUGAAAUUGUAGCCUGUGGACUGGGCGCUUUUUACAAAGAGAAGGCGCGUGCUGAGACAAAGACUUUCCUACAAUCCACCAUUACCGAUUAUUACUCCACCAACGAUAACAUGGAUGCCGUUACAUUGAUGUGGAAUCAACUGAUGAGUCAAAUGAGCUGCUGUGGCGUGAAUGACUACCGCGACUUUGACGCCUCACUCUCGUGGCUCAGCAACAAGGGUAAUCGUACGCUACCCGAUGCCUGUUGCAUGCUGAAGGAUGUGAGCCAAUUACUGCCACGUGACGAUGAUUGUGUGACAAAUCCCAGCGAAAGCAAUAGCUUCUACAAGAAGGGCUGCUAUGAAGUGUUCACCGACUGGAUCAUUUCCCACCGCGAAAUAAUUAUUGGCGUGCUGUUGGGCGUUGGUAUUGUACAUCUGUUUGCAAUCUUUCUGGCCUUUUGCCUGUGCAAGGCAUUUGCAAAGUACCAUGGAAUGCGGCUUUAAGAUUUUAAUUGCAUGAACGGUAAAGUUGGUGAUAGACGUACACUGAAUGACCAGCCAACGUUGGCAAUUAGUUGAACCAAAUACGAAUAGGAAGAUUACACGUUGUGGCAAAAA